AUGACGCAAAGCAAAACGAGGCAAGAAUGUGUGACACAGCUUGCUUAUUCCCGUCCACAACAACAGAUGCCUGCAUACCACUCGUCUUUCAAUGAGGAGGCAGACAUUCGUCUGGCUGGAAACAUGGCCAUUCUGCCGAUCAAGACGAAAAUUAGAGGUCCAGCGCCGAUAGCCGAGCCUGAGGCUCAGGACAUAAUCGACGAGACCCUUGACCUCUUCCGCGCCAACUCGCUCUUCCGCAACUUUGAGAUCAAGGGCCCAGCGGACAGAACGCUUAUUGUCCUGAUUCUCUAUGUUUCCGACUGUCUAGCAAAGAUCGGCUCAGCCCGUACCACGCCAACUCAGGUUGAGGCCGGAAAGAGUCUCAACACGCUCUCCGUCGACACUUUCCCCAUUCCCGGUGACGCCAACUUUGCAUUGAACGCCCAUUACGCAGCACCCUCGAGUAGGCAGGAGGCUGACUAUCUUCGACAAUACCUCAUUCAGGUCCGGCAGGAGCUGGCAGCCCGUCUGGUCGAGAUUCUCUAUGCAGAUGGGACAGGCAAACCGAGCAAGUGGUGGAUGUCUUUCCAAAAACGGCGAUUCAUGAACAGAAGUCUGGCAUGA